AUGAUGGCAGACCAGUCACCUUCACGUGGAUUGGCGUCCCAAAGUGUAAUUCCUGGGAAUCUUCCUUUGCCCUCUGCACUCAGUACUUCCUGGGGGUUCUCACGUUGGGCCCAAAACUCCUCCCCUUAUUGGGGCCUGAUUCUCGCUUCUUCCGCCUUAAGAUGCCCUCUCUCUACGAGCGACACUCCUAAAUCCCCUGCUGAUCUGAAGGAUGAAGUCGAGGAAGGGGAAAUCCAGGAGCUGCUUUCCAUCCCCCCUGAGGUGAAGACGAUACCUCAAGUCAAGGGCUCUACCUGGGGUGUCACGCUCACCGUAUAUGGUCACACAAUUACCAGGAUGCGAGAUGACAAAUCCCCCGAACGGGCCAAGGUGGAGGUCUGUCGCGAGGCUCUUGACAGGCUCGGGCCUGAAUUUCCCCGAUGGAUCGUGCCAAAUGAGCCCAGCGACUCGCCUCCCGGUCCUGGUUGGGACUGGUGUGAACUUCUACCCAAGAUUUGUCAUCUACUUUCUCUGGAACACCCCCAGAUCAAAGCCACACGACUAGAGGAAAUGUGGUCCAACCCAAUGGGUCACUGGUAUGCCGCUGCGUUCUUCCAGAGUGAUUUGUUCCUCGCUCGUGCCAGAGCUAUCGGGGAGGUGUCCUUAGGGAAUUGCACCGUAAGCGAGGUUCAAGAGACUUGUGCCCAGAGAGUGUGUCAGUACUUGAUCAACAUGGUCAAGGACACGCUGAUGGAACAAGCGGCUGCGAAGGCCCAAAGUGUUCGAGAGUUAUGGGGGACAAAAGUUAUGAAAAAGGCAAUGCCUAAAGAACACCUUGACUCGAUGCAGAUUGACUAG